UUAACGAUAUUUUCGGUAAUUAAGAAACGAUGAAUGUCCAUUCGUGUGGCUGCACCAAAUCCGAAUUAGAUUUGUUUAAGAAUGUGGGAAUCCAACUGGCUAUCGACAAUACGUAUGAAGUCACUGCGCAUCCCGUCGCUGCAAUUAAUGACAGUAGAUCACCUAUAGAAUUUCUUAUAUCAGGAUCGGGUGAGCAUUAUAUGGAUCUACAUUCGAUUUAUCUAUGUGUUCAAGCGAAAAUCGUAAAGAAAGAUGGAUCAAACCUUGGGUCGGAAGAGAAAGUUACUCCUGUUAAUUAUUUUUUAAAUAGUUUGUUUUCUCAGUGUACUGUGUAUUUAAAUGACAAAUUAGUAAUUACGCAGGUUAAUUACCCGUAUCGAGCUAUAUUAGAUGCCUUGCUAUUUAAUUCGAAAGAAGUGCAAGAAACUUUUUUAACGAGCGCGUUAUUUUUUAAAGAUACUGCCGGACAAAUGGAUUCAAUAAAUCCGUUAGAUGAAAAUAAUACUAACUACGGAUUAGUUAAAAGAUUUAACAUCAGCAAAGGAAGUAGAAUAAUAGAUUUAAUGGGACGUCUUCAUAUCGAUUUAGCGAACCAGCCUAAGCUUCUAACGAACAAUGUAGACCUAAGAAUUAAAUUGGAGAGAUCUAAAGAAAAUUUUGCGCUAAUGGCGGAUAACGACAACUAUAAAAUUAUUAUUAAAAACGCCUCGCUAAAAAUUAAUAAAGUAGACGUUAGUUCGUCAAUACAGAUAGGAAUUGAAAAAGCGCUCCAAACCGGUAUAAUUAAAUUACCGUUCCGUAGGACAGAUGUUAAAGUCUUUACAUUAACUAGCGGGAUUCAGUCUACAAGUAUAUCAAACGUUGUUAUCGGUCAACUACCUUAUAGAAUAACUCUCGGAUUAGUUUCUAAUUCUGCAUUUAAUGGAAAUGUGAAGCGUAAUCCUUUUAAUUUUAAAAAUUAUGAUUUAAAUUAUAUAUGUUUAUCAAAAGACAAUCAAAUGAUUCCUUCUAAACCCUAUACUCCGGAUUAUACCAAUAAAAUUUAUGCAAGAAAUUUUAUCUCGUUAUUUGAAGAUACCGGAUGUAUUCAUCAUCAUAAAUCUAUAAAUAUAUCGUACGACGAGUACCGAGACGGUUAUACUUUAUAUUGUUUCGAUCUUACCCCUGAUAAAUCAGGCUCCGAGAAUCACGUUAGUGUUAACGAGCUGGGAAACAUUUCUGUGGAAUUAAAGUUUUCGAAGGCGAUACCAGAAACCAUAAACGUUGUUUGCUUGCUAGAAUAUAAUAAUACCUUAGAAAUCGAUCAUUCACGAACUGUAUUCGUCGAUUAUUAAUGAAUACCGUUACGUUGUGGAGAUUAGCAGCGAGCGAUCCGAAAAUAAAAAGAAAUUUUGGAGGUGUUUUUGCAUCUGACAAUCUACCGUUUCGAGUUGGUAAUAAACAAUCUUUUAUAAUUAAUUUAGAUGAAAAAAAUAAGCCCGGAAGUCAUUGGGUAUCGGUAUUUUUUACGAAAGAUAAAAAUUCUUGCAUUUAUUACGAUAGUUAUGGAUUAAAACCGAGGAAAGCGAGUAUCAUCAGAUUUAUAAAACGAAAUUCAAAAAAAUAUUGUUGGAAUAAUAUUAUUCAUCAAAGUUUGUUUUCCUUAAACUGUGGUUAUUUCUGCUUAUAUUUUUUAUAUAAAAUUAAUAGAAAUCUAUGUUUAUCAGAACUGCAUGUAACAGAUAAAUUUUAUAACGAUGAAUUUGUUAAAAAUUUUGUUAAAAAUAAUUUUCAUUUAUCAAAACCGAUUGUAAUAACCAAUAACCAGUGUUGUAAUUCAAUAAAAUAAAAUCUAUUUAAAAUAUGAAAAUUGUGUUUUUUAUUCACAAAACUUACUAUUCAUUUUUCUGCUAUCCGAACCUCUGGCAGUAUUUAUACUGAUACAGGAUUUUCCUUAAUAAACAAGUUAUGCAUUCACCCUGACCCACAAAAAUAGGUAACCGGAUUUUUCCAAUUCGACUUGACAGGACAUGUUACAGAUUUUCC